CUGUACGAGCUGAGCCUGGACUAGAGGAACUUUCCGCGGGACUCGGGACGGACAGCCCCCCUCACGCGGCUGUCGGCGAGCCGGAGCCCCAGGCGUGCGCGGCGGCCGCAGGUCCUCGGUGCGCCCCCGCUUCAGGGCCUGGCGGGUGCGGCGGCGGCCGGAGGCUCGGGGGCUGCAGGGCCCGGUGCCAGCGUGCGCGCGCCAGCCGACCCGCCAGCCGCGUCCCCCGUCCAGCGCUCGCAGCCGGCCUCCGCGCCCUCGGGCCGCCAGUCUACCGCCGCCCGCCGCGGCCGCGAACAUGGCUGCGCGCCGCGCCGCCACCCUCGCCUGCUCGCUGCUGCUCCUGUCCGCCGCUCUGCUCCGCCGCGGCUGCCGGGCGCGCUUCGCCGCGGAGCCCGACUCGGAGCACGACGAAGAGGAGCCGGAGGUUUUCCUCGAGUCGCCGGUACAGAGACCCACCGUGCUAGUGGCCAUCCUCGCCCGCAACGCGGCGCACGCGCUGCCUCACUUCCUCGGCUGCCUGGAGCGGCUGGACUACCCCAAGAGCAGGAUGGCCAUCUGGGCAGCCACAGACCACAAUGUGGAUAAUACAACAGAAAUACUCAGGGAGUGGUUGAAAAAUGUGCAGAGAUUCUAUCACUAUGUGGAAUGGAGGCCUAUGGAUGAACCAGAGUCUUACCCUGAUGAAAUUGGACCAAAGCAUUGGCCAGGCUCCCGAUUUGCCCAUGUGAUGAAACUACGGCAGGCAGCCCUUCGAACUGCGAGGGAAAAAUGGUCAGACUACAUUCUGUUCAUAGAUGUGGACAACUUCCUGACUAAUCCACAAACCCUCAGUCUGAUGAUUGCAGAAAACAGAACCAUUGUGGCACCCAUGCUGGAGUCUCGGGGCCUGUACUCUAAUUUCUGGUGCGGAAUCACACCUCAGGGCUUCUAUAAACGCACCCCAGACUACCUUCAGAUCAGAGAAUGGAAGAGGAUGGGCUGCUUUCCCGUCCCCAUGGUUCACUCCACCUUCCUGAUUGACCUCAGGAAGGAAGCCUCUGACAAGCUGGUGUUCUAUCCCCCGCACCAGGACUAUACCUGGACCUUUGAUGACAUCAUUGUCUUUGCCUUCUCCAGCCGGCAAGCAGGCAUCCAGAUGUAUGUCUGCAACCGAGAGCACUAUGGCUACCUGCCCAUCCCCCUGAAGCCCCAUCAGACCUUGCAGGAAGACAUCGAGAACCUCAUCCACGUGCAGAUAGAGGCAAUGAUUGACGGUCCUCCAAUGGAACCCUCCCAGUUUGUUUCAGUGGUCCCUAAAUAUCCAGACAAGAUGGGAUUCGAUGAGAUUUUCAUGAUCAACCUCAAGCGCAGAAAGGACAGGCGGGACCGGAUGUUACGCACCCUGUACGAGCAAGAGAUUGAGGUCAAGAUUGUCGAGGCUGUGGAUGGAAAAGCACUCAACACAAGUCAGCUGAAGGCCCUGAAUAUUGAAAUGCUGCCUGGAUAUCGAGAUCCCUACUCCUCUAGGCCUCUCACCAGGGGUGAAAUUGGCUGCUUUCUCAGCCACUACUCUGUCUGGAAAGAGGUGAUCGACCGAGAGCUGGAGAAGACCCUGGUUAUUGAAGAUGACGUGCGCUUCGAGCAUCAGUUCAAGAAGAAGCUGAUGAAGCUGAUGGAUGACAUUGACCGGGCUCAGCUGGAUUGGGAACUGAUUUACAUCGGCAGGAAGAGGAUGCAGGUGAAGGAGCCGGAGAAAGCGGUGCCCAACGUGGGGAAUCUGGUCGAAGCCGACUACUCCUACUGGACGCUGGGCUACGUCAUCUCUCUGGAAGGAGCACAGAAGCUGGUUGGAGCUGAUCCCUUUGGGAAGAUGCUGCCAGUGGACGAGUUCCUGCCAGUCAUGUACAACAAGCAUCCUGUAGCUGAGUACAAGGAGUAUUACGAACCCAGGGACCUGAAGGCCUUCUCCGCGGAACCUUUGCUCAUCUACCCCACGCACUACACGGGCCAGCCGGGGUAUCUGAGUGACACAGAGACCUCGACCAUCUGGGACAAUGAGACAGUAGCCACCGACUGGGACAGGACCCAUUCCUGGAAGUCCCGGAAGCAAGGUCACAUCCACCGCAACGCCAAGAACACAGAGGCCUUGCCGUCGCCAACCUCCCUGGACACGGUGCCUUCGAGGGAUGAGCUAUGAAGUCUCCAUGGGGGAUUCCCCACCCUCGAUUUUUCCAAUGGGCUGUUCAUCUGUUUGCUCCAGUGUCUUUUAGUGGUCACAGUCCUCUAACCAAAGUGGUCUACUGUGAUUGAGCAAAAUGAAUAUAUUCUUGACAGGGGAGGAUAAGAGGGAAACUUAACCCAAAUUUCCUAAGAUGGCUAGAAGAUAGGCUUUAAGGCAACCAUCGAGAUAAACCUCAACCCAGAUACCUAGCCCUUCGGUCUUUAUCGGUAUGAUACUGCUUCCUACAUUAAGGAUGAACAAUAUGGCCCAGAGACUCAUCCCUGAGAAAGGUAAUCAAGUCAACAAAUGGGCAGGCAAGGCAGCUGAGCCAACUAGACCACAUCCAUUGGUCUCAUGGGCCCAUUUCAUAUCAUAGGUGUGACCUUGAAACCUUGUAUAUGUAACAUGUUUGCAAAGGAGGGGGAUCAAAUUGUUUAAAAGCAAAUUAAUUGGGCGUUGGUUUAAAGGAAUUCUCUCAUGAGCCAACAUGAGCUGUUCAUCUCAGUCUUCGUUAUCCAAUAGGGAUGGGUAUUUCGGUCUCUCUGAGACUUGGCCUUUGACUAUCAUGGCGACUGAAGCUCUCCUAGAGAGGCGUCAAGUUUGCCAUGUGGGUAGAGUUUAGUAGACAUUUGAAGGUUUGUGUAGAUCUCUGAGGAAAACAAGAACUCAGACUUUGGCCUUCUAUUGUGGUCACUUGAAUUAGGAUGCUCUAUUUAUGAAGAUAAAUUUAAUAUAUAAGGGUUCAGACUGGGGUCUCGCUGGUGUCUUCUGUCCCAGGGCACCCUGUGCUGCCAUGGCACGUCACCCUCGCCUCUCCACGCCUGAGCCUGGGAAGGAAUUGUGAGUGUGACUUUUAUGAGUCACUGUUAAGAGGCAAAGCACAUUUUUAGGCCAGCAACUGUCCUUGCCUGAGUUUUUCAUUCUAUUUUGAAUUAUUUAUUCUACAAAACGUGGGGGAGAGGCCUGUAAGAUAAGGCAGAGAAACAGAUUUUUCAAGCUUUCACUGCGCCCCAGGAAACAGCGAGUCUGCGAUCUGGUUCUCCCGCAUUUCCCAGCCUGGCUCUUCAGGGAGGCCUGUGGAGUGGGAGAGUCUCACCAUCUGGAAACAAAUGCUUUUGCAUUUCAGAUGACAGACCUUGGUCAGAAACAGUGGACUGCUCCACUGAUUUAGGCCAACGACCAGGGAAACUCUCGGAAUCGGCCUCCCGGGCAGAUCGAUGUCCUUCCCGCUUUCCUCAUAGAGUGAUUUUCUGGAAAGUGCAGUGUUGGGCUACAUGUCCUUUCCUCAGAUAUCUCACGAUGGUUUGCCUCAGGUUUGUGUUCGCCCUUCUGCAAGCAGUAAGACUUUGCCUCCAGAAAUAGCUUCCCCACACACUCCUCCCUGAGCUUCAGGCUUUGGAGCAGAGUCCACAGGCAGGGUUGCCGUGUGAACUUGGCUUAGCGCUCCCCGGUGAGGGCCCCGGGGCUGCGGGAUGACAAGGCAGCUCACCUUCCACGGAACACCAGCCUUAGCCCUCGUUCUUGACUUAUUGUCGAUACUAGUCCGCUUUGACUAGUAAGCAAGGAGGCUGAGGAAGGGGAUCUUAGUCGGCCUCAGUCUUUAUGCUUAGGCGUACCUGUCAGAGCCUGACACUUUUUUUUUUCCCUAGAAAAACAGAAGGAACAUCUGGGGAGCUAGUGAAAAAUACUUAGGUGAUCUCUAAGGUUUCCUGGGUUAUUUUAUAUUUUGUUUGCGUAUCUGCGUGCGUGCCAGUGUGCCUGACUUUCACGAUAUAUUUUUUUUUAAGAGGGUGGGAGGUGGUUGGGAGAUUGGGAGUGGAGAAAGAUUGCGUUGACUUUUGUGUGGUUUUGUUUAAUGGAGAACAUUCCUUUUUUCCUUUUGCUGUCAGCUGGUCUGAUGGGGUUAUGAAUUCUUGUUCUUAAAAGAUAUUGGUCUUAAAAUUCUGGAAUUUUAGAUUAGGACUGUCUACUGUGAACCAAGUUCUGGCUUUGUUAGCCCAGCCUUUGCUUCCGCCUGCUCGGGUCUGGGAUCCCAAGCAGUGCUCUUUUGUUGUGAACACUGUGCUCCGCACACCGCGUUUGUUUUUAAGAAGUCGUCUCUCCCACAAUCCCGGGGCUCCUUGACCUCGCUAUUCUUCCUGCCUCCCCUCUGGUCUUCAGUCAUUAGACUUUGGCAGCGUCAGAAGCCUUUGCCUUGGCCAUGGCACCUGCUCUUUGUCUCUGGAAGAUAACCCCGGUCUGAAAUCCCGAUCUGGACCCCCCUCUGGAUCUAGGGAUCCAAGGUGGAAUCUUCUGGACAAUGAGGAUGUCAGCGGUGCUGGUGCUACUGAGUGUGGACUGAGCACCUACGAUCUGCAGAGGACACACUGCGUGGGUCCUGCUUUGGGCUCCCUGGGGCCUCCUGCAGGAGCUCCGGGGCACGGGAAAGAGCCAGCAUCCCAGCAUCCUACAGUCUGUCACGCUGUGUCAUUGCGGGGAGGGGAAAUGAUAAACUACUUGCCUUCUAGAGAUCUUGGUGAAAAAUUAAAAAAAAAAAAUAGCUCA